UCCACUCCUCCUCCAUUUCUGUUUAGGAAAGGGCAGGUCUCCCGAGUGUCAACAAAACAUGGCAUAUCAAGCUGAAGUAAGACUAAGCACCUCUCUAUGUGUUAAUGCUGGGCAGAUGACCAAGUAUGAGGAGUAGGGUCCCAAAAGAGUCAGAGACAGCCCCUGUUCCUACUGUUAGGAGUCCCACCAGAGGACCAAGCUACGCAACUGUAACAUAUAUGCAGAGGGCCUAGGUCAGUCCCACGAAGGCUCCCUGGUUGUCGGUUCAGUCACUGUGCGCCCCUCUGAGACCAGGUUAGUUGAUUCUGUGAGUUUUCUUGUGUCCUUGACCCCGCUGGCUCCUACAAUCUGGCUCCUCCCCCUCUGCUACAGGGUUCCCUGAACUCCACUGAUGUUUGCCCGUGUGGGUCUGUGCCUAGAGAUUGGAGGAGUGGCCUAAAACCCAUGCCAGGAGAGUAAGCCCACUCCAUACUGCCUGGAGCAUCAGGAUCCACAAGCUGGAUGACCCAGAGACCUAGGAUAGAACCAAACAUGACUGGAGAGGAAAAAAAUGUCCAUGUAAUGAUGCCUAAUGAUAUUCUGUUAUACACACAGAUUGGUGCCUAGCCCUGAUUUUUUUUAAACAGAGGCCAAAAUUACACACUUGAAAAAAGACAGCAUCAUCAACAACAGUGAUGGUUGAAUUGGAUAGUUACAUGAAACUUGAGUCUUACCUUUUAUCCUGUACAAAACUCAGCUCUGAAUGGACCAAGGACCUCAACAUAAGAGCAAUUCCCCAAAUCAGGGAAUCCACUUCAACGUGCAGGCACAGCAAAAGGGUCUUUAGAACAGGACCCUGGGGGCACAGGCGUUAAGACCAACAACAGACAAAUAGGAACACAUGAAACUAAAAAGCUUCUGUACAGAAAAAGACACUGUCAUACUGGGCAGUGGUGGACCACAUCUUUAAUCCAGGCACUCAGGAGGCAGAGGCAGGCAGAUCUCUGUGAGUUCAAGUCCAGCCUGGUCUGCAGAGCAAGUUCCAGGACAGCCAGGGCUACACAAAGAAACUCUAUCUUGAAAAAAAAAAAAAGACACCAUCAUUUGUGUAAAGAGACACACUACAGAAUAGAAAAAGAUCUUUACCAGCUAUUCAUCUGACAGAGAGUUAGUAUCUAGAAUAUAAUAUACAAAGAACUAAACACAAAACAAAACAAAACUCUGAACAUCAAGAAAACAAGCAACCCUAUUUAAAAUGGGGCAUAGAACCAAACAGUUCUCAAAAUAUGCAAUACAUAUAACUGAGAAAGUAAAAACAAAACAAAACUAAAACUAAAUCAAGAAAUUCACAGGCAAACGGAUGGAAUUAGAAACAUUCUGACCUUUAACAGCUAGCUAUGGGCCACAACUCCAAAACAAACAAAAAUCAUUCUGAAUGGGGAAACCCAAAUUCAGAAAGACACAUGUCACAUGUUUUCUUCAUUUGUGGAUGUUAGCUUUGAAUCUUCAGAUGUGUGUUGCGUCUGGAAAUAGCCACAGAUGUCAUGAAGUCACUAAAGGGCCUUGGGAUUUCAAGUUUUGGAGGGGACAAAAGGUACACAAGGCUCAAGGAAAAUAAUGGAACAGGAAGAGAUAAACUGGGGUGAGGGUGGGGGGCAGGUAGAGAAGAUAUGAUAGGGAGGGAUAACUAAUACUAAAGGCCUCUUGGAAAAGCCAUAUUGGGGGAGGGGUGCUGGAGAGAUGGCUCAGAUGUUAAGAGAACUGGCUGCUCUUCCAGGGGUCCUGAGUUCAAUUCCCAGCAACCACAUUAUGGCUCACGACCAUCUGUAAUGAGAUCUGGCGCCCUCUUCUGGCUUGCAGGCAUAUAUGUAGGCAGAAUACUGUAUACAUAAUAAAUAAAUAAACCUUAAAAAAAAAAGAAAAAGAAAAAGCCAUAUAGAGACCUCCUAGAACAUAUGCAUACAUAAGGAGUGAUGGAGAGGUGGCUCCACCGUUGGAGCACUGGCUUCUCCCCCGAGUUUGAUUCCCAGUAUCCACAUGGCAUUCCAAAACCACCUCUUCAGUUCUAGGGGAUCAGAUGCCAUUUUCUGCCCUACAAAGGCACCAGGCAUGUGCACUGGUGCACAGACAUACAUGCAGGCAAAACCCCCCACCCAUAAAUUUUACAAAUUAGCUUUAAUGUAGAUUUAGGACAGCCAGAGCAGACCUUGUAUCAAAAAACAAAACAAAACAAAAUCCCCACAGACCUCCCCUCCAGGUCAUUACAGGCUAUUGCCAAUACUCUUGGCUACCCUCCAGGACUGACUAAGACCCUGUUGCUGAAGAUACCAUAUGCUGGACUCAGAACAUGGAGAAACCAAGCUGUUUACUCACUUGGAAUCUUCACCCUGCCACCGGAUGUCAGAAUGUAUAGCAAAGCCUGUUGAAAUGGCAGCUGCCCAGGAGACCGUGGAGGUCCUGGCUGGGAGGACUCACAUAGGAGGAGCAGUGAUGGAUGUCUAAUUCUGAGGAUGAAACAAUCAUUUUCCGACAGCAAGACAAAGACACAAGGUGAGCUGUCAAUAGCAAGAUAACAGAUUAUAAAGGUGACUCUGAGGGGCCCAGAGGGAACAUGUUUGGGUACAAACGCAAACAGGACUCGAAAUUCUAGUCUGAUAAAUCGAACUUCAUAAAACAUUAUGAAGGAUUAGCUGGGCUUGGUGGUGCGUUUCUAUAAACCUGGCACUCUGGAGGCUGAGGCAAGAGGGUCAUUGUGAAUUUGCGCGCCAGUUUGGACUACACAGUAAGGUCUUGUCGCAGAAAUGUAAAAUAAGCCUCGGCAUGGUGGCUUAAUCCCAGCUGUCAUCCCAGCUCUUGGGAGGUGGAGGCAGGAGACCCAGGAGUCUAAAGCCACAUCUGCUACAUACCAACUUCAAGGCCAGCUUGGGCUACCUGAGACCUUGUCUCAGAAAAAAAAAAAAAAUUAAACCAUGAAAUUACUGACUCUGGCUGGGGGAGUAAGGCGUGCCGGAGCUUUGCACACGGGUCCUGGCUCCUAUCCUGGCACUGUGUGCGUGAACACACAGAACUGAGUGGGAACACAGGAAUGAAAAGCCUAAAGCUAUGGACCAGACCUGUAUCUGGAAUUCAGAAAUCUCAGACUGACAGAUGAUCUGACAGAAACCAGCAAGACUCUAAAACACAGAUGUGCCAAAACCUCUGGUCUCGUGUUUGGACAGUUUUAGGCUGCUCAGCCUAACCAGAGAUCUAGAAAACACAGAACAGCAGCACAGCCAUACACCAGUAGGUGACACACAGAGGCAGGCUAGGGAAGACACACUGCCGUGUGGACCCUCAAGUCCUGCCCCCACAGAAACACCCACAUCCCUUCAGGCCUCACAGUUAGUAGUCCUGGAGGGAGGACUGGGUGUCCAGCUAGGCCGGCAGCAUCUCCCUUGGAUGAUGUCUGAAGGAGCAGACCCGGUGUGCUCUGCAUCUGUUGGCAUAUUCAGGGCUAGACACAGGCCCAGGUCCCAUGGGCUUCAAGCAUGACCCCUGUAGGUAAAACUGGACAGAAGAGCUAGGCUAUUGGGGAGUAGGGAACUCUUCAGGUGUUGUUACUGUGCUGUGUGGCUGCAGGAGGCUGACUUGGGUCUAAUUGAGCUGUCAAAAGCCUGCUAAGGUUUCCACACCAUAUCAAGCGGUGCUUGCAGUGGACAGGAGGAGAUCCAAGGCCAGAGUAAAGCAGGGACCCACAGGGACUCAUGGCCACUGCUGCCUGGCUCCUUUUCCCAACAGAGCCUGAGGCUGGCCACUGGCCCCACAGCCCUGCUGAGGUCGCACUUUUACUGUGUAAACUGCUCUGUGGCUCUGGGCGGAGCCUUCCCCCCUGCCGAUCUAUAAUUUCCCAGAAAAAAAAAAAAAGGCUGAGGAAUAACCUGGAAAAUGCCCUAGAGAUGGGGCAGCAUAGUGGAAGCCACAGCCCCCUGCCCCUCCCAGACCUGUCUACUUCCUCUGUCUGCUUCGAGAUAGGUCCUAACAGCCCACAACUCCCUGAGAAGCUGCCCCUCCUGAAACCCAGCACUGCCUUUCCUGGCCCCUCCCGUGUGCAUUCCCACCACCCCAGGCAGGGCAAAGGGACAGAGCUCAAGGCAGGGUUUGCUGCUUCGGAGUGUCCACCAGGUCACAGCUCUCAGGCCCUGGAGAAGGAAGCUGAGAUGUGGCUCCGGCAGGGAGGCCCAGCCCUGGUGGUGCUUCUGGCUUUCUGGGUGGCACUAGGCCCCUGUGACCUGCAGGGGACAGAUCCUGGAGCAUCAGCAGAUGCCGAGGGCCCCCAGUGCCCCGUCGUCUGCACCUGCAGCUAUGACGACUACACAGAUGAGCUCAGCGUCUUCUGCAGUUCGAGAAACCUCACGCAGCUGCCUGAGGGCAUCCCAGUCGGCACCAGGGUCCUGUGGCUCGAUGGCAAUAACUUCUCCUCCAUUCCCUCAGCGGCUUUCCAAAACCUGUCCAGCCUGGACUUCCUCAACCUGCAGGGCAGCUGGCUGAGCAGCCUGGAGCCCCAGGCACUGCUGGGCCCGCAGAACCUCUACCACUUGCACCUGGAGCGGAACCUGCUCCGGGGCCUACCUGCUGGCUUGUUCAUGCACACACCCCGCCUGGCUUCCCUCAGCCUGGCCAACAACCUCCUGGGCCGGCUGGAAGAGGGGCUGUUCCAGGGCCUCGGUCACCUUUGGGCCCUCAACCUGGGCUGGAACAGCCUAGUGGUACUGCCUGACACAGUGUUCCAGGGCCUGGGUAACCUCCGGGAGCUGGUGCUGGCCGGCAACAGACUGGCCUACCUGCAGCCUUCGCUCUUCUGCGGCUUGGGUGAGCUGCGCGAGCUGGAUCUGAGCAGGAAUGCACUGCGCAGCAUUAAGGCCAACGUCUUCAUACACCUGCCCAGGCUGCAGAAGCUGUACCUGGGCCACAACUUGGUCACAGCUGUGGCCCCUGGCGCUUUCCUGGGCAUGAAGGCAUUGCGUUGGCUGGACCUGUCCCAUAACCGCGUGGCAGGGCUCCUGGAGGACACCUUCCCGGGCCUGCUGGGUCUGCAUGUCCUGCGCUUGGCACACAAUGCCAUCACUAGCUUGCGGCCGCGGACUUUCAAAGAUCUACACUUCCUGGAGGAACUGCAGCUUGGUCACAAUCGCAUCCGGCAGCUAGGUGAGAAGACAUUUGAGGGCCUGGGGCAGCUAGAGGUGCUGACACUCAAUGACAAUCAGAUCCACGAGGUCAAGGUGGGUGCCUUCUUUGGCCUCUUCAAUAUGGCUGUUAUGAAUCUCUCUGGCAACUGUCUCAGGAGCCUCCCGGAGCGGGUGUUCCAGGGGCUGGGCAAGUUGCACAGCCUGCAUCUGGAGCACAGCUGCCUGGGCCGCAUCCGCCUGCACACUUUCGCCGGCCUUUCAGGGCUGCGCAGGCUCUUCCUCAGGGGCAACAGCAUCUCCAGCAUGGAAGAACAGAGCCUGGCAGGGCUCUCCGAGCUGCUAGAGCUCGACCUUACCGCCAACCAGCUCACACAUCUGCCCCGCCGGCUUUUCCAGGGCCUUGGCCAGCUCGAGUACCUGCUCCUCUCACAUAACCAGCUGUCGGUGCUGUCUGUGGAUGGCCUGAGACCCCUGCAGCGGGUCUUCUGGCUGGACGUCUCACACAACCGUCUGGAGGCACUGUCUGAAGGCCUUUUCUCACCACUGGGGCGGCUGCGCUACCUCAGCCUCAGGAAUAACUCUUUGCAGACCUUUUCGCCACAGCAUGGCCUGGAGCGCCUGUGGCUCGAUGACAACCCCUGGGACUGCCGCUGUCCCCUCAAGGCACUGCGUGACUUUGCCCUGCAGAACCCCAGCAUUGUCCCCCGCUUUGUUCAGACUGUCUGUGAGGGGGAUGACUGCCAGCCAGUGUAUACCUUCAACAACAUCACCUGUGCCGGCCCUGCCAAUGUCUCAGGCCUCGACCUACGAGACAUCAGCGAAACUCACUUUGUGCACUGCUGACCCUGGCUACUACUGGCCUGGGAUGGCCUAAUGCUGCCUUGUGGUCAGGACAGUCUCUCACUGUUACCAGAAUAAGCUGGCUCUCAAAGCCAGUGGGGGAAGGAAAAAUACCUGCCCAUCUCUAGGGGCCAGGCCUGGGCUGCUCACUUCCUGGAAGCAGAGCAGUACUGGCAGCUAUGAGGCCUAAAUUCAGAAAGGCUGGGUGCAGGCUGGGUGCCCGAGGGCCCAACCAGGAGGGAAGUGCUCAGCAGCACUCCCUGCUGGCAACAAUUAAAUCAACCUUGAGUGUGAACUUGGGAAAAGGUGAUCUGUGGUCUCCAUGUUCUUUGUCCCCAUGCCUUCUGUCCUGUCCCAGCUCUGCCGAGCCCAGUCUGUGCCUUGCUGGUGUUGGGAACAUGUGUCCCACUUCAUCCUGCUGUGUCCAUAUGGGUCCUCUAGGGCUUCUUAGGACCCCGUCCUCCAACCCAAGGAACUGCAGGCACUCAAGCCUCCCCAAAUGCUGGCACUGCAUCCCUCCCUCAGGGCACUGCACUGGAGCCAGGUGAGGUUCUCACAGCUGUCCAGAUCCCAGGUGUGGAGGUCACCACACUGCCCACCGCUGGACAGUAAUGGUAGGAGUUGAGGACAGCGCCUUCCCAUCUGACUACAGGAGCCAUCCCCUGCAAGGCGCCCCAGACCCCCAGUCUCCCCUGAGACCUCAGCUUUGCCCCAGGAAGACAACAGAUCACCAUCUGCUUUCCUUUCUGACCUUUCCAGAAUGAGGAGAGGGCCUCUGGGCCUCAGCUCACAC